GUUUCCACUCAAGAUUGGGGAAACCUAGGGUUUGUAAUUGAAGAUGUCUUUUCUGUCUCUAGUUACUAUAUUCGUGGAUGGGUAUAUAGUUGCAUAAGUGAGUCUUCCUGCUAGUGAUACACCUGCUAAGGUGAAGCAGUAAGAUGAAGCUUGUUGACUCCAAAGAUGCUUUUGCCUCAAAAGUGACAUUUAUCGUUGGUCGAGAUCGUCUUCUAAAGGUUCCCACAGAAAACAUUAAAAAUUUCUCCAUCAUUGCACAUAUUGAUCAUAGAAAAUCGACAUUAGCUGAUAAAUUGCUUCAAGUGACGGGUACAGUGCAAUCACGUGAUAUGAGGGAGCAGUUUCUGAUUGUUCUUCAAUGGUCACCUAUAACAUUGAAUUCGUUUUUCUAUAGGUUUAAUGGUUCUUCUCCAAAAGGGGUCACAAACCUUGUGUAUGUAGGCAAUGAGCAGAAAGAGAUGUCAAAAACUAGCUGUGGUUAUAACUUCAUCAACACUCCAGUUUCAAAACUUUUACCUGUUGUAGUGGAAUCUUCUCAAGAUUUUUUACCUCUUCUAUUACUCACAAUGGAUCGCCCCCCUGAGUUUUGGAAAGUGGAGCCAACCAAGCAAUUAACCAAUCUAAAACAUCAUAGUGCAAGUUCAAUUCCAGAACAACCACCUGAAACUUACCUAUCUGGAAGAAAUCCAUUGAAAGGAACACGUAGUACUUUUGAACAGCAAGAAUGGGCAGCUAAAAUUGUUGAUUCUUUGAAGCAUGGGGUAAACGCAAAAUUCCAAAAUGAAGGAACAGAAAGCUGA